AUGUCGACUCCCCACACCCUUCGUCAACCAGUCUACCGCCGUCCGUCCUGGGCCCAGCGCGACAAAUCCUACGAGCACUACAUGCGGAAGGACCUCGCCAUUGACCGCAGCCCCGGCCACGAUUUCGGAAUGGAGAACUUCAGCUACGAUGAGGCACAUCUGUCCAAGUGGCAGAUGCCAAAGGACCUCCAAGACAGCCUCCCCUCCGAGCUACGCGACACUGCUACCGACUGGCAGUACGCCGGCGCUGCUCUCUGCACCUCGCUUGACCGUCUUGCCAAGCUCGACCAUGAGAGCUUGCAUCGUGCCUAUCCAGAGAAGUCGCUUUCCCAUCUGUCUCGCGUCAAUAGCAUGACCACUGCCGCUAGUGGUGCCGGUAUGGACACGCCACCGCUUAGUUCGUCGGUGUCUCCAACUCACAUGGCUCUGAAGUCGAGCCUUUUGCCACUCGAGAAGCUGUCGCAGCUGAACGACUCCGUGACUCCUCGCCAAAUCCUGGGCAUGGAGACACCGCCGUUCACACCUGUUGACUCCCAAGUCUGUCCGACGCCAGAGUUUCAAGGCGACACUCCUGCGGUGACUUCGCCGAUGCCGGAUGUUCACCAGCUGUCACGUCACCUGUCUAGGGAGGCUCGGACUGACUCUGUGACUGGUGCUUACAUGAAGGAAGCAGCAGUCCCUCAGUCCGGCAAGUCGCAGGUCACAGGAUCCUUCUCAUCAAUCAUGUCCGACACUUCAAGUACUCGUUCUGGUCCAGCAUUCGACGAGGCCGCUUGGGAGACCUUUCUCAACGCUUACAAAGCAGAGUUGCAGGACACUCGCAGCAACGCUUGGGUCCGCCUGAAGGGUUGUGGAUACACAGUCGACAAACUCAGAGUUGAGAAGGGGUCCGAGAGCGAGUGGCAUGCUGUCGUCGAGAAAUUCAACGGGUGGUGGUCGAGCAUGAAGCCACAGCUUGCUGCAUACGAGGAGAAAGUCAAGCAGCUCGAAGCCCCAACCAUCGAGCUCGUCCGGAUGGAGAGAUUGGCGAAGGGCCUCUCUGUUUGA